CUCGCGCUUGUACCGCGGCGGUUUGUCGAGGAGAUCCAGUGGUGGUGACUACCGGGAUGCCUCGGGGAACCACGAACACAGGAAACGAAGGCUCCCGACUUCGACGCCCACGCUAGCAACCACUGCAGUGGGUGGGAGAGGAUUCGAGGCCAUAUUUCACCCUGCUUUUCUUUUAAAAACUAUACUGACGUUCUAGGACAAGCUGCCAGUGGCGGCACGACUGAGCAGCCGCGGCCGCUUGACAGGUGCCGUCGCCCGGCACUGCGUGAGGAGAUGCCGCCCGUCCAGAGAACCAUGUCGGAUCUACGAACGCGGGCUGACGGAUAUGAGAAGACAGAGGACGCUUCAGAAAAGACAUCCUUAGCGGACCAAGAAGAUGCCCGACUGAUUUACCUUAACCAGCCACAGUUUACAAAGUUUUGCAGCAACCGGGUCAGUACGGCCAAAUACAAUGUCGUCACCUUUCUCCCGAGAUUCCUCUACUCGCAGUUCAGGAGGGCAGCCAACGCUUUUUUCCUCUUCAUUGCACUCUUACAGCAAAUCCCAGAUGUGUCUCCCACUGGUCGCUGGACAACGUUGGUGCCACUGCUUUUUAUACUGGUUGUGGCUGCUGUAAAGGAAGUCAUUGAGGAUCUGAAACGCCACAAGGCUGACAGUGUUGUCAACAAAAAGGAAUGUCAAGUGUUAAGAAAUGGCGCCUGGGAGAUUGUGCAUUGGGAGAAGCUGACUGCUGGGGAAGUAGUCCGAGCUGCCAACGGCGAUCACCUCCCGGCUGACCUCGUCAUACUGUCAUCCAGUGAACCGCAGGGAAUGUGCUACAUCGAAACAUCUAAUCUAGAUGGCGAAACUAACCUUAAAAUCAGACAGGGUCUCCAAGUGACGUCUGACUUGAAGGACAUCGACAGCCUAAUCCAUCUCUCAGGGAAGAUGGAGUGCGAGUGCCCUAACCGUCAUCUGUACGAGUUUGUGGGGAACAUCCGAUUGGAUGGACACAGCACACUGCCACUGGGUCCGGACCAGAUCUUACUAAGAGGAGCCCAGCUACGGAAUACACAGUGGGUCCAUGGUGUGGUGGUCUACACGGGUCAUGACACAAAGCUCAUGCAGAACUCCACUCGGCCACCGCUAAAGUUGUCCAAUGUGGAGCGCAUCACCAACUUUCAGAUUCUUGUCCUGUUUGGCUGUCUGCUGGCCAUCUCGUUGGUCUGCUCCGUGGGCCAAACCAUCUGGAAGUACCGGUGCGGCAAUGACGCCUGGUACAUGGACCUCAACUAUGGUGGGGCAGCGAACUUCGGCCUCAACUUCCUCACCUUCAUCAUCCUGUUUAACAAUCUGAUCCCCAUCAGCCUUCUGGUCACACUGGAGGUCAUCAAGUUCACCCAGGCCUUCUUCAUCAAUUGGGAUACUGAUAUGAUCUACGAGCCUACAAACACACCUGCCAUGGCUCGCACCUCUAAUCUGAAUGAAGAGUUGGGCCAGGUGAAAUAUAUUUUCUCUGACAAGACGGGCACGCUGACCUGCAAUGUCAUGCAGUUUAAGAAGUGCACAAUUGCUGGAGUGGCCUACGGUCACGUGCCUGAGGCUGAGGAGGGUAGUUUUGCAGAGGACGACGGGCACAGCUCACACUCAUCAGAGGAGUCAGGCUUUAUCGACCCGAGCUUGCUGGAAAACCUCCAAAGUAAUCAUCCUACAGCUGCUGUCAUCCUGGAGUUCAUGACCAUGAUGGCCAUCUGUCACACCGCAGUCCCCGAGCGCAGCGACAGAAAAAUCACCUACCAGGCAGCGUCCCCAGAUGAAGGCGCUCUGGUGAGAGCUGCAUGCAACCUGGGUUUUGUGUUCUCUGGUAGAACGCCAGACAGUGUCAUUGUGGAAAUGAUGGGAAACGAGGAGAAGUAUGAGCUGCUUCACGUCCUGGAGUUUACAAGUUUGAGGAAAAGGAUGUCAGUCAUCAUGCGCACGCCAUCCGGAAAGAUCCGCCUCUACUGCAAAGGAGCCGACACGGUGAUCUAUGAUAGACUGGCAGACAGCUCUCGCUACAAAGAGAUCACGUUGAAACAUUUGGAGCAGUUUGCUACUGAGGGGCUGCGCACGCUGUGCUUCGCGGUGGCAGACAUCAGCGAGUCGUCCUAUCAGCAAUGGCUGGAGGUGCACCGCCGAGCCUGCACCUCCCUGCAGAACCGAGCCCUCAAGAUGGAGGAGAGCUACGAACUCAUCGAGAAGAACCUGCAAUUGUUGGGGGCCACCGCUAUCGAGGACAAGCUGCAGGAUAAGGUGGCUGAGACCAUAGAGACACUGAUGAAGGCCGACAUCAAGAUCUGGAUCCUUACGGGGGACAAACAGGAAACGGCCAUCAACAUUGGACAUUCCUGCAAACUACUGACUAAGAACAUGGGCAUGCUAGUGAUAAACGAGGACACGCUUGAUAGAACAAGGGAGACCCUCAGCCACCACUGCGGCAUGCUGGGAGAUGCGCUCUACAAGGAAAACGACUUUGCGCUUAUCAUUGAUGGAAAGACGCUCAAAUACGCCCUCACCUUUGGAGUGCGACAGUACUUCCUGGACCUGGCGCUGUCCUGCAAGGCCGUCAUCUGUUGCAGAGUGUCUCCCCUGCAGAAGUCGGAGGUAGUGGAGAUGGUGAAGAAGCAGGUGAAGGUUAUCACGCUUGCCAUCGGCGACGGCGCCAACGACGUCGGGAUGAUUCAGACGGCGCACGUCGGUGUGGGAAUUUCAGGCAACGAGGGGCUGCAGGCCGCCAACUCCUCUGACUACUCCAUUGCUCAGUUCAAAUACUUGAAGAAUCUGCUGCUGGUCCACGGAGCUUGGAAUUACAACCGUGUGGCCAAAUGUAUCCUGUACUGCUUCUACAAAAACAUUGUUCUUUACAUCAUAGAGAUCUGGUUUGCGUUUGUCAAUGGCUUCUCGGGUCAGAUUCUGUUUGAGCGCUGGUGCAUCGGCUUGUACAACGUGAUCUUCACUGCCCUUCCUCCACUCACUCUGGGAAUAUUUGAGCGCUCCUGUCGAAAAGAAAACAUGCUGAAGUACCCGGAGCUCUACAAAACCUCCCAGAAUGCAAUGGGAUUCAACACCAAGGUCUUCUGGGCUCAUUGUAUGAACGGCCUCUUCCAUUCCGUCAUCCUCUUUUGGUUCCCUCUCAAAGCCUUCCAGCACGAUACAGUAUUUGGCAAUGGAAGAACUCCUGACUAUCUCCUUUUAGGAAAUAUGGUUUACACAUUUGUGGUCAUCACAGUUUGCCUUAAAGCAGGCCUGGAAACCUCAUCCUGGACUAUGUUCAGUCACAUCGCCAUCUGGGGCAGCAUAUGCCUGUGGGUGGUGUUCUUCGUCAUCUACUCGUCCCUCUGGCCCCUCAUCCCUCUGGCCCCUGACAUGUCAGGCGAGGCGGAGAUGAUGUUCUCUUCAGGGGUCUUCUGGACGGGCCUGGUCUUCAUCCCUAUCACCUCGCUGGUCUUUGACGUGGCCUACAAAGUGGUGAAGAAAGUGUUUUUCAAGACACUGGUGGAUGAGGUUCAGGAGCUGGAGGCACUAUCCAAAGAUCCCGGAGCUGUAGUGCACGGGAAAAGCUUGACGGAGAGGGCCCAGCUCCUGAAAAACGUCUUCAAGAAGAGCACUGUGAGUCUGUACCGCUCCGAGUCCAUGCAGCAGAACCUGCUACAUGGCUAUGCCUUUUCCCAAGACGAGAACGGGGUGGUAUCCCAGUCGGAGGUGAUCCGAGCAUACGACACCACCAAGCAGCAGAGCAGAGAGUGGUGAGCGUUGGCCAUUCCAGAGCUGCAAGAGCUCUUCCCGUUUUCUUCUUUUUGGAAUUUGUGGGACUCGUAACAUGACUGCAGACAGAAUAGAAUGGAAUCAUGUAUUGUUUUGUGAAAGGGAACAAAUUAAUUGUGUUCUAUUAUCGAGCACGGUGCUUUUUUUUUUUUUUUGCAAACCUGAGCAAAGUGUCUCCUCUGUCUUCAUUAACAGGAAGAUUUUUUUUUUUUAUUAGCGCUAUACCAAAACGACUAAAAUCAUUGCGGCCAAUUAAAACUGUUAAUUGUGAAGUUAAACAAUCCUUGGAGCCAAGAUUUUAAGUGGCGUCAGAUCGCCAAAGAGCAUUCGUAAAUACAAUCUUCCAAGUACUCAUGAAGUCGGACAGUGUCGUGAGCACCACUCUCCUUUAAUUUCCUUUUUUUUUUGUUUUUGUUUUUUUUUUUUGCACUAAAUGAAACGUCGUGUGUAAAAGCCUUACAUUUUCUCAUGCCUUUACAAAACAAAUCCUUUUUAGUUCUUCACAUAAUGUAGACACUGUGCCUGCUUUUAGUUUGUGGCCAAGUCUGAUUUCCACCUUUUUGACUCCAAGCCCCCGUGAUGGAUGACAGCAUUCCAUACAUCACAAUCACAAAGGUGCCUACGUUUCCAUCCCGGAGGAACGAGCUCGCGUCACAGCUAGCUUUCGGUCGAGGCACACGCGAAAAAAAAGACCAAAAAAAAAGUGUGUGUGUGUGUGUGUGUGUAUAUAUGUGUGUAUAUAUAUAUAUAUAUAUAUAUAUAAAGAGAGAGAGAGAGAUACACAAUUCCAAUGAAGUUGCGACAUUGGGUUAAACAUAAAUAAAAACAGAGUACAAAAAUGUGCAAAUCAUGUUCAACCUAUAUUUAAUUGAAUUCACCACAAAGACAAGAUAUUUAGUGUUGAAACUGAUAAACUGAAUUGUUUUUAGCAAAUAAUCAUUGACUUGGAAUUUGAUAGCAUCAUGUUCCAAAAAAGCUGGGACAGGUGGCAAAAAAAGACUGUGAAAGUUGAGGAAUGCUCAUCAAACACCUGUUUGGAACAUCCCACAGGUGAACAGGCUAAUUGGGAACAGGUGGGUGCCAUGAUUGGGUAUCAAAGGAGCUUCCCUGAAUUGCUCAGUCAUUCACAAGCAGAGAUGGGGCGAGGUUCACCUCUUUGUGAACUAGUGCGUUUGUCGUGCAUUCAAUUAAACAUAGGUUGAACAUGAUUUGCAAAUCAUUGUAUUCUGUUUUUGUUUAACGCAACAUCCCAAAUUCAUUGGAAUUGGGCUUGUGUGUGUGUGUAUAGAGAGAGAGAGAGACAGAGAGAGAGAGUAUAGAUAUUGAUAUAGUGAUACAUAUUCCUGACAGUGGUGUUUCCCUGAUAACAGAGAUUUGAACCCUUCCAACAUAAGUGCCAUUAGCUUCAAAGAGAGAGAAAUAUUUCCCAGGAAACUCCACGCCAGUAUUAAAACAACUUUGUCUCUAUAAUUAUUCUUUUGUGGAUUUGUAUUUUUAUAUUUGGAGCUGUACACACAUUUUGCAUUGACUGGCUUUGUAAAACUGAUCGUCUGCAACUUUAGUCCACCGCCGGGGAUGGAGCGAAUGAGGACACUGAGCUUUCUUAAACGUCUUGUUCUGUAACCUGAAUAUUGUUACUGCUUAAUUUAUUUAUAAUUGGAUUUAAUACUUCAUGUCUGUGCGAUGGCUUUCUUCUCCCUAUGGGAGAUCCGACUUUUGACUGUGGUGUGUGUGUGUGCGUUGGGCUGAUGCUUCCAUAUGCAUGUGAUGUAUGAUGUGUGUGUGUGUCACUGACUGUGUUAACUUUAUUGUGCGUUGCAUGUCUGUCUUCUACGCAGGAAUAUUAAAGCCUCACUGGAAAGAAAAGUACAAUUCCAAGAAUGAAGUCAGAUUUGUUUAGACAAAAAGUCCUCAUGUAAAAAUACAGGAGUUCCAUUCCUACGGCAGCCGAGAACGUGCGCACCCUAGUCUAUCACAAAUGUAUGCUUGUGCAAUAAGAAAGUCAUUAUUACAGUAAAUAUUAGUAUGAAAAAUACAAGUUUUUUUUGUUGUUGUUUUUUUUUUUUUUUUACUUGAUUAAAAAAAAGUAGCAAUGUUUCAAGACUAAAGUCGUUUUUGAAGAACAAAAGUCAUAACGUUACAGAAUAAAGUUAUUUUACAGGGGGGAAGAAAUUUGCAUUAUUAGGAAAAUAGUUGUAAAGUACAGGUAAAAAGUUAUUAAUAAAGUUGUCAUGUUACAAGAUAAUAAAGUCAGAAAAUUGCAAGAAAAAGCCUGUUCUAUUGUGAGAAUAAUGUUUUGAGAAUGUAAUUGUGAUAUCUCAGGAAUAAAGUCGUAAUAUUAAUUCAUUCAUUCGUCAUAUUAAAAUUGUCCUAAUGUUACAAGAAUGCAUUUGGAAAGUAUUUUUAACGUCAAAACUUCUGUACUAUUUUCUUGUAUAAUUUUCCUUGUAAUAAUAAUAAUUCUUGCAAAUUAUCACCUUUUUUCCCCUAAAUUUAACCUUUUUUUUUUCCUUGCUCAAUGACUUUAUCCUCAUUCAAUCGGCUUCCCCCUCAUAGGUAUGAUAGAUAGAUUGAAAAAAUAAAAAAGAAAAGUUGUAACCUUAAAGGUGGCCGACUGGUUAGCACAUCUGCCUCACAGUUCUGAGGAUCAGGGAUUUGCAUGUUCUCCCCGUGCCUGCGUGGGUUUUCUCCGGGCACUCCGGUUUCCUCCCACAUCCCAAAAACAUGCAUGGUGGGUUAAUUGAAGUCUCUAAAUUGCCCGUAGGUGUGCGUGUUGAGUGCGAAUGGUUUGUUUGUUUGUAUGUGCCCUGCGAUUGGCUGGCAACCAGUUCAGGGUGUACCCCGCCUCCUGCCCGACGAUAGCUGGGAUGGGCUCCAGCACGCCCGCGCGACCCUUGUGAGGAGAAGCGGCUCAGAAAAUGGAUGGAUGGAUGGAAAACCUGCUCAUAAAUAUGACUUUAUUCCCAUAAAAUUGUGACUGGUAAUAUUACAACAGUAAAAAAAAAAUUUUUUUAUUUUUCUUGGUAAUAUUCUGGCCUUUGUAAAAUGUUGACCUUUUUAUCAUUGUCAUGACUUCAAUCUGGUAACUUUUCGACUUGAGUCGCAUCAAAUUUGGACUUUAUUUAUAAUUUUUCUUUUCAGCGUGGCCCUAAGACGUCUUCGUAGUCUUCUUCAUAAGAUUGCAAGUUCCUUUCUCCUGAUGUGUUGCUUAAAUACAAAUGUUUGGGUUUAUCUAAAUGUGUGUGUGUGUGUGUGUGCGCGCGCGUUGAUGCUAGCCCACAUGUCAUUCACGUGCAUGAGUGCAGCUUUCGCUCCUUUGUCCUCCUGUGUGCCGAUGCAUGGCCCGCGAGUGUGGGAUUGUUUGUGCGUGUGUGUAUUGUCGACUUUUCAACGUCUCCGAGUUUCUGACACUCCGUUGGCUUCGACGGGAAAUAUCGCACAGUGCACUCUCGAUGUAACUUUUUUUUCCCCCCGUUCUGGACGUUACUGUUCCCGUCCCAUUUGUUUGAUAUUUCUGACUCGCUUCACCAGAAAAGCUUGAAUUGCUUUGAAGUUGUCAAAUCUACUUUGAAUGUGGACGUUGUUGUCAUUCCCCCACCCCUCAUUUGUUUUCUCAUCUAAGUUGUGCGCUGCAUGAGUGGAUAACACAAAAUUGUACCACUUUACAAAAUGGAAAAAAACAAAUAUUUAACUUUUCUUUGUAUUUUGGGUUUCAUUAUUGUUGUGCAUGUCGGGACUGCAAAUGUAUAAGUGUUGUUGUCUUUUAUGGUCCGCGGAGGACGACUGAAAUAAACUUUACAUUCAUGGAGGAA